AUAUCUACAUAACAAAUUUCAAUCUCUGCAGCGUAAUUAAGCUAACCUUCACCGGCAGCUAUCUUAUUUAAUUUUCAACUCCAUACAUACACUUCAUAGAUAGAAAUGAUCAGAGCAUCAGAUGAUUCUCGCCGCACCAAGUUUCCUAAGCAGCACUUCUUCGGUGAUCACAAACUGCUAUCCUUCUCCAAUGCGCCGCCUCGAUCCUCUGUUAUCAUUUUCUUUGCUGCCGUGGUCCUCCUCGGCAUGUUUCUCUCCUGCCGACUCUUCAGCCUCUUACUUGAAUUAAAAUCCAAUGUUAUGAAUCAACAACCACAAGGACAAAGCAAACAAUAUCCCGAUCGUCCAAUGCCGGCCACGUGCCCAGAGUACUUCCGCUGGAUUCACGAGGACCUAAAACCAUGGGCCGGAAGAGGAAUAACAAAGUCGAUGUUGGAAGAGGCCCAAAAGAAGGCCCAUUUCCGGCUGCUGGUGGUGGAGGGAAAGGCUUACGUGGAGGCCUAUGGAAAGGCAUAUCAAAGCAGAGAUAACCUUACGGUGUGGGGAGUUGUACAGUUACUACGUAGGUACCCAGGGAAAGUGCCCGAUCUUGAUCUGAUGUUUAAUUGUGAUGACCGGCCAGAGAUCUAUCAAAAGGAUUACAGUGGGCCAGAGAAGCCGGCCCCACCUCCUCUGUUUCGGUACAGUGGAGAUGAUGCCACGUGGGACAUCGUGUUUCCUGAUUGGUCCUUUUGGGGAUGGCCAGAGAUCAACAUAAAGGCAUGGGAAAGCAUAUUAAAGGAUAUAAAAGAGGGUAACAAGAAAAUGGAAUGGAUGAAGAGACAACCAUAUGCUUAUUGGAAGGGAAAUCCAACUGUGGCUUACACAAGAAGAGACCUUCUUAAGUGUAAUGUCACCCAAAAACAAGAUUGGAGUGCUCGUUUAUAUAGACAGAAUUGGGAUAAAGAGUCUAAAGCAGGGUUCAAAGACUCAAACUUGGCCAACCAAUGUGUUUAUAGGUAUAAAAUAUAUAUAGAAGGAAAGGCAUGGUCAGUAAGUGAAAAAUAUAUUCUAGCAUGUGAUUCAGUAAGCCUAAUUGUGAGGCCUCGUUAUUAUGAUUUCUUCACAAGGAGUUUGAUUCCAAUGAAACACUAUUGGCCCAUUAGCUCUAACCGCAAGUGUUCUUCUAUUAAGUUUGCUGUUCAUUGGGGCAACACCCAUCAUCAAAAGGCAAUGGCCAUCGGAAAGGCAGCAAGCAAGUUGAUUGAAGAGGAGCUGAAAAUGGAGUACAUUUACGACUACAUGUUUCAUCUUCUAAACCAAUAUUCCAAGCUCUUAACGUUCAAACCGACUGUGCCGCCGAAUGCGACGGAGCUCUCCUCGGACUCACUUGCAUCGGCUGCAAAAGGGUCGAUUAUCAGAAAGUCGAUGAUGGAGUCGGUGGUGACGAGCCCUGCAGAAUCCAGCCCUUGCGCCCUGCAGCCGCCAUACGAUCCUCAAUCUCUUCAACUUUUGUUUAGAAGGAAAGAAGAUUCUAUUAAACAAGAGGAAAAAUGGGAGAGAAGUUUCUCAAAAAAUGGUUGAAUUGUUCAGCAAUGAAGAAGAAAAUUUUCUUAUUUUUGUUAUUACUUUUUUCUUAAUUCAUUUUGAUACUUUGGCCUUUUUGCAAUAAAUUUGUUUAUGUAAAUAUUAGUCAAUAAAUUUU